CCUCCUCUCCUCUUACAAUAGAUGCUCCCCAGCCGCCAUCGCUCCUUAACCUCUUUCAUCCGAUCGCAUCGUACGCCCCAGAUACGGGCCACUUCUACCAGCAGCCGCAGUCCCCAACAGCCUAUGGUCCAGCUUUUAGGCCUCCUCUGACUCCCAGCACAACACUCUUGACGGCGGGCAUGGCACAUGCCCAAACGCACGCACAUCGCACCGGAGUACUUCCACAUUUGGCGGGCACCCGCGAGCAAUACUCGACGACGACGCCGUCUUUUCGACGUGGCGGCUCCGAGAUUCUGUCUCGAUCGCCUUCCUUCCCCGGCGCGCCGCUCCGGCGACAUCAGUUGACGACGGCUCCGCAAGGCCCGCUCAGCGACUUCGUCCCCUCGGCAGCAAGAAUGGACGCCGGGCAGUACGCCGCGCGGGCAUCGAGUCAGCAAAACCAAGUACCACCGCUCCAACCCCUUCAAGCGCUCGGAACGCUGCAGUACAUGGACUCAUCCAUGGGCCCGAUCAAGCUGGAGAUCAACGGUGCUGUCGACAAGGGCCCCUUCCUAUCGCCAGACCACGAGUGGACGUGCUACCGACGAAACUACCUGGCAUGCGUCUGUUCGUUUCAGCUUAGCCCCUACUAUCCUACGAUGGCGAUUCAGUUCACACCGAGCUCGGGAACGGGCACUAACCAGCCGUUCCCCGUCUACGGUUUCGCGAUGUCCAUUUCGGCAGUUGUGGCGGAAAACGAGCAGCAGAGCAUCGAGCUGGUUCAGCACACGCCCAAGAGAGACAAGGGCCCCAUCAGCAAGCCGUCAAAGGUGUCCAUGGCGCCCAAGACGAGUUCUCCAACGCACCCUUCGCUAGCCGGCUACGGGGACGUUCCCACGGUCCCCGGCACGAGGGGCUUGUAUCCGGACGGAUUCACCAAUCCACAGGCUGCCGGACAAGCACUCCCCAGCGAGCACACGUUCGAACGAAUCCAAUUCAAGCAGGCAACACAGAACAAUGGUAAACGGCGGGCAGCGCAGCAGUACUACCAGCUGAUUGUGGAGCUCUGGGCCGAUGUUGGCGUCCACGACCCAGACCAGUUCGUCAAGGUGGCUUAUCGCAAGUCGGCCAAGAUGAUUGUGCGAGGCCGUUCGCCGGGCCACUAUCAAAACGAGAGACGAGGAAGCCAAGGCAACGGGCCUGGGGGCUCUGCCGGUACACUCGGCAGCUAUGCACCGCUCGGCCACAUGGCAGACUUCAACUCCAGCGCCAUGCUCGGCGGGGCGGGCACAGGCGGCUAUGCGACGACGUACGACAAGUUUGACGCCAGAGGGAACGUUUACGGAAGCAGGGGACAGCACGAAAUGUCGGAGGACCCGAUGCUGACCGCCCCUGACGACCCCAAAGCCAUGGACGGCUCCAAGGCGGCCUAUCAAUAUUACCAGGGGACGGCCAUGUACGAUGGUCACCACCACCAACAUCAACAUCACCACCAUCAUCACCAUCACGGCCAUCAUACGGACCGGGUCGACAUGUUCAACCAUAGGGCUGGCGCCGAGGCCGUCAUGCCGACCAUGGGGCCGGACGGCAAAGUCAAGAACGAGUACGAGCUUAACAUGCUACCUCGGCCCUUUGGCGCCACGCCACGGACCAUGGCGGACCCGCGUCAGCACGAUCAGUUUGACGGCAAGACACCUUCGACGGGCGGCUACUACCCCUCCAUCUUGUCGCCGCCCGGAAUCAACAUGACAAUGUCUUGA